AUGGCGGAUCACUUGGCGGCGACGGGUGGGAAGUGGCGAACGCGAUUUCCGCCCGAGCCGAACGGGUAUUUGCACAUCGGACACGCGAAGGCGAUGUACUUUGACUUUGGAGUGGCGAGAAAACGAGGCGGUGAGACGAUUUUGAGGUUUGACGACACGAAUCCCGCGGCGGAGAAGCAAGAGUACAUCGAUAGCAUUAUUAGUUCGGUAAAGUGGUUGGGACACGAACCGGCGGCGACGACGUACUCGAGCGAUUAUUUCGACAAGUUGUACGAGUUUGCGGUAGAUUUGAUCAAGUCUGGCAACGCGUACGUGUGCUUUCAGAACAAAGAGCAGACGUUCAACUCGCGAAAGCUACUGCAGUCGUUUCAAAAGAUUCCGUGGCGAAACACGAGCGUCGAAGAGAACUUGUCGCUUUUCGAGAAGAUGAAAAAUAGAGAGUUCAAGGAGGGCGAGUGCUGCUUGCGAAUGAAGGGGGAUUUGCGAAGCGACAUUCCGAGCAUGUGGGAUCUCGCGGCGUAUCGCAUCAAGUACGAGACGCACCCUCACUCUGGCGACAAGUGGUGCAUUUACCCGACGUACGACUACACGCACUGCUUAGUGGACAGCCUAGAAAAUAUCACGCACUCAUUGUGCACGCUCGAAUUCGAGUCUAGACAAGCGCCGAACGGGUCGUACUAUUGGCUGUUGGACGCUCUCGACACGUACAAGCCGGUGACGUGGGAGUUUUCUCGAUGCAACAUCACUUACAACGUGAUGAGCAAGCGCAAGUUGAACACGCUCGUGACCAAAGGAUACGUCAACGGUUGGGACGAUCCGCGUUUGCUCACUCUCGAGGGCCUUCGCCGGCGCGGUUACACGCCGAGCGCCAUCAACAAGUUUUGCGCGUCGCUCGGUGUGACACGUCACGACAACACGCAACCCAUCAGCCGUCUCGAGAACGUGGUGCGGGAUGAGAUGAAAGAUUCGGCGUCUAGAUAUUUCGCAGUAUUAGAUCCUGUGAAGGUGAAUAUCACGAACCAUCCCGGAGGUGAGUUGAUGUGUGAAGCUCCGGUGCAUCCGUCGUUUGCCGAGCGCGGCAUGCGUCGCAUCGAUUUGAAGCCAACCAUUUUCAUAGAACGUUCUGACUUCAAGACGGAAGACGUGGACGGAUACUUUGGUUUGGCGCCUGGUAAGACGGUUCGAUUGCAGUUCGGGUAUAACAUCACGUGCACGGAUUUUAAGACGCACGACGAUGGCUCGGUAUCGGAAAUCAACGCAACGAUAGACAUGGAGUCUCGCGCGGCAAAGCCGCCAAAGGGAAUUCUUCACUGGGCAACGCCGGACUUCGUCAAGGGUGAGUGCAGAUUAUACAACAAUCUUUUCACCGUAGAGAUCCCCGACGAAGAAGACGAUGGAAGCGUGGACUGGUUGACUCAAAUCAACCCCGAGUCGCUCGUUGUCCAUAGAGAUGCGCUCCUCGAACCGGGCCUAAUUGAAUUCGCCUCCAAACCAUUGGAAACGCAAGUGCAGCUGCAGCGUCUGGGUUUCUUCACCUUUGACAACGAUAGCACCGCGGACGCCCCGGUGCUGAAUAGAAUCGUCACGCUCAAGGAAUCUGCGUCGAGGAAAACGCUCGGAAAAUGACUCAACUUGGACUU